CGCCGUUACAUGGGAGAGCGUACCGGAUACUAGAUUUUAGACCGUGGUCUAUGUUGUUGUAGAUGAAAAAGCACCAAGAUGUAUAAUAUCAGCUUCAUUGAGUCAGAAUUAAAGAGCGAAAUGCUAGAUAUUGACGACCGGCGCUGCUGAAACUGCUACUGCCGCGCGUUGUCAUCAUCAAGCUGGGCGCCGAGCAUGUUAACCAUCCUUCCCACAGUAUCAGGUCUUGGCAAUUGCUUGGCAGAUAUUGAAGGAGUACAUGCGUCGACCAUACACGACUCCUCGCAGCACGUUUCUCCGAGAAAUUCCGUUCGGUAGCAGAAAACGACUGUCCAAGAAAGGAAAUGAACGCUUCCGCCGAUCGAAUAGACAAACAAGUAACAACUGAAAUUUUCUGCUUUCGGACUUCAUCUCAAAAUGAACGCGACAAAGGCCCCCCCUCUGACGUCUGUCUUGUUUGCUCGCGGGGUAAUCGCGCGCCUUGUGGUAUGGCCAAUAUUACGUCUGGCCGUCCAGGAAAAUUGGGGUGGACCCAAUGGUCCCGAAAAACGGACUUGGCUGGCGUCUGUCAUCGUUGAUGCCUUCGAGGAACAAUCCCCACCUCCCGACGACCAAUACAUAGAGGAAAUUCUACUUCAGGUUAUGGCAGAUGAAUUCGAAACACAAAUAGAAGACGGAAGCGCCGAGCCGGUUGCUGUAGAUGUCGUGCAGUUGUGGGAGCAAUGUCACGCCGGCCAGGAUGUAUUAGUGCGGAAGUUUGAGGAUGCCGCGGAGAAAUUAAAGGGGAAGAAAAUGGAUGUUCCACAGACUUCUGGGGAUGAUGAGGAGUGGGAGGAUGAUGAUGGUAGUGACGAAUCAGGCGAAGAAGAGGAAAUAGAUGAUGAACCCGUGCCACAAUUGCUUAACCAUCGGCAAAAGGAGGAACCUGAAAUUGACGAAGAUGGAUUCACACUUGUGAAGGGGAAAGGACGAAGAUAGCCAUAAUCUUGGCAUAAUUGGCCGUAAUAUGUCCGGGUAUCCAGGGGAAUAUGGAUGUGAAAAUUUUCGAAGCUGUAUCGCAGUUUUGCUUGGCGAAGACUUUUAGAAGGCGGAAAUGGUUCGCGUGCUUUAUUCGUGCCGCCUUUUGUUUGCUACUGCGUAACUUGGGGAUUUACCUACAUAUCAAACAGGUGCUCGUCCCUGGUUUAUUACAGACCCAACUACACCUGACAGCGUACUCUCUUUGUGAAUGAAAGAUGGUUUUGGUGAUAUGUGAAUUGGUCUCAUCUCGCCACAUUUGCGAGCAAAGGAUAUAAGUAGAGCAUACCGACGUCCUUCCUCGGCUCGCUCACCU